AUGGGGCGGGGCGGGGCAGCGGGCCGCGGGAGCGGGACAGCGCGGCCUCAGGGGCUGGGCUGGAGCGCGGGAGUGCAGGGGCGGCGAGUCCGGGCGGUCCUGCAGUCCAGGACUGGGCCGCAGCACAGCACCGCGGCGCUGCGCGCCCCUCCUCCGCCAGCCCCUCCACCUCCUCUCCGUCUCUCCCCCGCGUCCUCCGCGAGCUCACUUCCCGCUUCCGGCAAACUGCUGGUCAAAAAGAUAGCAGAUCUUGUGAGAUCAGCCUGCACCUUCCCUGGCCUUGAAACUCAGGGCACAGAGGGACAUUCCCUGCAAAGGGAACUUCUGGAACUAAGAACCAGACUGCCCAAACAGGAGAGUGUCCUGCAGAACACAGAGCGUCUGAAGCCCACCAACCAACAGAAGGAGAGCAUGCAGCAGUUCAUCUUUAAUCAGUUAACCAGGACACAUGAUGUUUUGAAGAAGGCAAGGACUAGUUUGGAGGUGAAGUCCCUAAGGGCGCUGCCAUGCACCCCGGUCUUGUGACCCUUGCCUUCCAGGAGCCCCGGAAGAAAAGGAACCACUGGAGGUCCUUCAAACAGCAGGAAGACUGGGCCUUCCCCACUUUGGUGCAGAUUCUCAAUCUGCUGAGGAGACUUGGAGCCCAGUCCUCCACACCUGCCAGAGGGUCCCAUCCUCUUCCCGGUGGAGGAGGAUGAAGGGCAGCCAGCCUCUCCUGUGGCUGAGGAACACCACCCACCCGGGGCUGCUCAUCCAAGCAUUGGUCUGUAGAGGAGCUCCUGACAAUGCUUCUGCACACCUCACUGGCCUGGGAACUGGCCACAGCCAGUCCUUGCUCCAAUGCCUGCCCGAAGACGGUCAGCUCAGGGAACACAGGACCCUGCUUCCUACAGAUGGGACCUCUGAUCCCCACACAGGAGCUCCUCAGCCCGUUCCAAAGCCCAUGAGUGACAGCAGUGCCCUGAGGUCCAGUAGGCCUCAGCCAGCACAACUCCCAGAUCCAUGCUUCCCUGGGUCUGGCUUAGCCCGGCCAACUUUUGGCUGGGCAUCCUUCUACACCACGGCUCCUGAGUGCUUCAAAUGUUCCUGGUGAAAGCAGUGGCUUCCCAUGUGCCAUCUCCUGCCUAGCCUAGCACCUCCUAGUUCCCUUCUUUUAUGAUCUCCAAAGUGUGGCCACCUCAGUCUGAAUACACCGUUCCCUUUCAUCACCCUAACUCCUCUCUGGGGAACUCGGGCUCAGGGCCAGCCCAAGCCCAUUGAAAGUCCUGUACAACAA